AUGGGAUCGAUCGUGGUCAGCGACUUUGGUGGAAACCACUUUCACAACGUCUUUGGCGGCGGCGGCCAUCAGCAGACGCAAGAGCCGCCCGCAGUGCACCACACGCCCGCGCGUCCCUCGCCGCAGACCAGCGCACACCCGCCGCUGCAUGCAGGGCCGCUCGCAGACGACGUCGCCAUGACAAACCCAGGAGCGCCGCCUGCGAGUUCGCAGCAGACGACGUCCGAGGACAGCAUCAUGGCGCCCCACCAGGCUGCCCAGCCCCCACCGAGCCCGCGCUUCGCACCCCAACACCAGACGCCCGCCCUCGCAACCGCCCCUCCUGCACCCGCCUCCGCAGCCGUCCCCUCUGCGCAGCCGUCCCCGGUGCCGUCUGCCUUGGACGGCUCGGGCACCUCGCCGCGGCGGAUCAAGGUCAAGAACCUCUCCCACAUCCAGAGCUUUGCAACAGACGAGGCCAGUCCCUUUUCCCAGACGCGGUCGCUAUCGCGCCGUCAACGCCGAGACCCCGGCGACGUGGGUCCGCAGUAUGAAAUUAGCGAGAUGCCCGUGAGCGACAUCAUUGAAAUGGUGGCCGGCCUGCUCACCAAGAUUACCACGACAAACGACCGACAGCACGAGCAUCUGCACCGUCAGAUACCACCACCUGAAGGGGCUUCUGGCCUCAGCCCGCAGACGACAAGCGUGUUGGCCUUUCACGGAAAGAACGUGCCCAGCAUAUCCAUCCUCAGCUAUCUCAGCCGGAUCCACAAAUACUGUCCUACUACUUACGAGGUCUUUCUGAGCCUCCUAGUCUAUUUUGACCGAAUGACCGAGAAAGUCAAUGCAGGUCCCAUGCUCAGCUUGCGGCAGGCGAACCAAAAGUCGCUCGAACGCGCUAACGCUGACACCGAUACUGCCAGUUCGUCAGCCAACCCCAUUGAUGCGCAAAACCAGACCAGACCCACGGUCCAAGCGGCAACACCUCCCCCUUCAGGCUCCCUCGGAAAGCCUGCAAAGACACCUAUUCGAGAGUCUCAACCACCUUCUCCACCCCACCAGGACCUGGAAUCAGACCCCUAUAAUUUGUCACACUUUUUCGUAGUCGACAGCUUCAACAUACAUCGCCUUGUCAUUGCCGGCGUCACUUGUGCAAGCAAAUUCUUUUCAGACGUGUUCUAUACCAAUUCGAGAUAUGCAAAGGUCGGCGGUCUUCCAUUGGUGGAGCUUAAUCAUCUGGAGUUGCAAUUUCUUCUUUUGAACGACUUCCGGCUUGCUGUGCCACUGGAAGAAAUGGAGGCGUAUGGUACGAUGCUGGUGGAGUUCUACGCACGCGAGGUUGCUGAGCAGCACGAACGGCAAUCUGGAAGAGCAUGA